AUGGACAAACUAAGCCAAUAUGAACGUGUGUUCAAGCAAUUGGACGGGAAUGGCGACGGCAAGAUAUCGCCGUCGGAGCUGCAACAGUGCGUGGAGGCCAUAGGCGAGGAGUUGUCGGCCGGGGAUGCGGCGGCGGUGGUGACUAUGCUGGACGCGGACGGGGAUGGGCUGGUGGGGUUUGAUGAUUUUGUGAGGUUUGUGGAGGGAGGGGAGGAGGAAGAGAAAGAAAAUGACCUGAGAGAGGCUUUUAAGAUGUAUGAGAUGGAUGAGAGUGGUUGCAUCACCCCAAGGAGUCUUAAAAGGAUGCUUAGUAGGUUGGGUGAAUGUACGAGUAUAGAUGAGUGCGAAGUUAUGAUAGCUAGAUUUGAUCUUGAUCGAGAUGGGGUCCUUACCUUCGAUGAAUUUAAGGUCAUGAUGAUGUUGUAA